ACCUGUGAGAAGAAUGUUCUUUAGUGUUUUUAAACUGGUUUUGCAUCUAAGAUUUAGUUAAGCUUUCAAAAUGAUCAGAAAACUUUUUAUUGUCUUGCUUUUGUUAUUUGUGACUCUGGAAGAAGCGGAGAAAUCAUUGAUCAGUUUUUUGAACAUAGGAAAGACUGAAACACUAUUUUUCACAAAGACUGAAGAAACCAUCAUUGUAAGGUCAAGUUACAAAGAAAAAUGGCCAAACUCCAGCUACCUCUUUGUGCUAUCAGAAGAUCCUAAAGUGCUGCAAGUGGUGGAUGUGACCAAAAUCUCAUUGGAUGUUACAAACUUUACCAUAAACUUAGUGACAGUUGAAGAAGGAGAGACAAAUUUGACCAUUCAACUAUGGGAUUCUGAAGGUAAGCAAGAAAGACUCAUUGAAGAAAUUAAGAAUGUCAAAGUCAAGGUACUCAAACAAAGAAAAAACAACCCUUUCCAGGCAGCAAUGCAUUUUGAUAGGAAUAUCCUCAUGCUUAUUCUGCCAAUGAUACUGCUAAAUAAAUGUGCAUUUGGUUGCAAGAUUGAACUGCAGGUGCUUCAAACAGUAUGGAAGAGACCUUUGCCAGUAAUUCUUGGGGCAGUUACACAGUUUUUUCUGAUGCCAUUUUGUGGAUUUCUUUUGACCCAGAUUUUAGCAUUGCCUGAGGCUCAGGCUUUUGGAUUUGUAAUGACCUGUACAUGCCCAGGAGGGGGUGGGGGCUAUCUCUUCUCUCUGCUUCUAGACGGAGAUAUCACUUUGGCCAUUUUAAUGACUUGCAUAUCAACAUUUUUGGCCCUGAUAAUGAUGCCUGUCAAUUCUUACAUAUACAGUACGAUGUUAGGGUUAUCAGGUACAUUUCAUAUUCCUUUUUCUAAAGUUAUGUCAACACUCCUUUUCAUACUUACACCGAUAUCAGUUGGGAUAAUCAUCAAGCGUAGAAUACCUGAAAAAGCAAACUUCCUAGAGAGAAUAAUCAGACCUGUGAGUUUUAUUUUAAUGUCUCUUGGGAUUUAUUUAACAUUCAGAAUGGGAUUAAUGUUUUUAAAAACAAUUAACCUAGAGGUACUUCUGUUGAGUCUCUUAGUUCCUGCUUUGGGUUUGUUGUUUGGGUACUCCUUUGCUAAGAUUUGUAUGCUACCACUUCCUGUGUGUAAAACUGUUGCUCUUGAAAGUGGGAUACUAAAUAGUUUCUUAGCUCUUGCCAUUAUUCAGCUCUCUUUUUCACAGCCCCAGGCAGAUAUAGCUUCUGUGGCUCCUUUUACAGUAGCCAUGUGUUCUGGGUGUGAAAUGUUACUGAUCCUUCUAGUCUACAAGGCUAAGAAAACAUGGCUCCUUACCAUAGAAGAUAAAAGAAAAAAAAAUCCCCUAGUUUAACAAUGAAAGAAUUACUGAAUUCCUAC